AUGUUCCUAGAGGUGAAGCUUCCAGAAGCCACUUCCUUAUUUGUCUUCCUGAGGGUAGAUCUUGGGACUGAGCAACAGGAUGUGACAAUUGAGAGCUGUUGUCCAGGAGUCCUGCACAUAGGGUACAGCAGUGACCAUGAGAAACUCCAAGGCAGUCAGGGGUGUGUGAGACAUGACCUGGUCCCCUUGGUGCUGCAGCUGCUUUUCCUCAUUCUCUUCUCUGGGGUCCUUGUGGCAUUUCUUCUCCAAGUUCCAAAGGUUCCCUGCACCCAGGAUCAGGAGAUCUAUCAGGAGCUCAUGCAGCUGAAGCCUAAAGUCGAUUCCCUGUGCCGUCCCUGCUCCUGGGACUGGAUGUUCUUCAACGGAAAUUGUUACUUUUUCUCCAUAACUAAACGUAACUGGAGUGAUUCCCUCAGGGCUUGCCAAGAAGUGGGGGCCCAACUAAUCAUCAUUGAAAGUUAUGAGGAGCAGGACUUUCUACAGAAGAUGUUUAAGAUUAGAAGCAAUUUCUGGAUUGGGUUGUCAGACAUGAAACAUGAAGGCUCAUGGCAAUGGGUGGAUGAUUCACCUUUGUCGCCAAGCUUUAAAAAAUAUUGGGCCUUAUGGAAAAAUGAAGACCAUUCAGAGACUGACUGCGCAGAACUUACAGAUCAUGGCUGGAAUGAAGACAACUGCAAAAAUGAGAAAUUAUGGAUCUGCAAGAAGUCCCCAGCAUCCUGCUCCAACAACUGA